AUGAAGCAGCCGCGGUGCUUGUGCCAGAUUUGCACUUGCGGACGUCAUCGUUGUCCUCAUAAUCCUACAAGGAUUUAUGACCAUGGAAGAGAGUCAAGCCUCAUGACAGAAUACACAGAAAAAUAUCCUUUAUACGGCCAUGUCCCUCCUCCCCAGAGCCUCAGGCCCAAGCAGGAAUAUCGGAGCCAUGGAGGGAAAAUGGAAGGCCUCACCACUUUCAAAUCUGAUUACCUUCCGUAUGAUGUAACACAUCGGCCCAUUCGGGUGCAAGAGGAAUACAAACCCAUUGCUGGAGAAAUUGAAAUGGCAACCACUUACAGAAGAGAUUACAAUCCUCACAAAAUAGAACCAAUAAUAUUAGUAAGACCUGCAGAAAAGAAAUAUGUGUCUAAAAGUAAACUGAAUGCCAUUCCAACUUACCAAGCUGAUUUUAAAGCCUGGGAAAUACAGAGAAGGGAGCCCUAUAAAGUGGAGAACAUCUACCAUCCUCCCACUGAAAAGUUUGGAAAUGCUACUACAUUUCAGGAUGCCUUUAUUCCAAGGGAACUUGCCCUCCGGAAAACCUUUAAACCUGCUGAUGCAACCACACUUUCAGACCAACCUUUUAUCAGUGAUACAAGUCAUCGCAGUGAUUAUGUUCCUCAUCAGCUAGAACCCAAAUGGAAAAAGUCAAAAGAACAAUAUAGGCCAAAUAGUCAGCCUUUUGAGGAUAUCACAACCCACCGGUGUGAUUUUAGAGGGCUUGCUGGUGAUCUUCCAAAAAGCUUCAAGCCUGAACCUGCUAAAACAGAAACAAAGUCCCAUUUUGAUGGAAUCACAGAAUUCCGUGAUCGCUUUCAGCCAUGGGCAGUUUCCUUACCUGAACUACAUAAAGCAAAGGAGUAUGUUCCACCCACAGGUAGCAUGGAUCUUAAUUCCACAUCCCAUCUUGAUUAUACUCCUCAUGACAUCAUUCCAAUUGUCCUUGUGAAACCACUAGAAAAGACCAAAAGAAAUAAUCCUCCCUUCCAAGGAAACACAACUAUGAGAGAUGCCUUUCAAGCUUGGGAUAUGCAUCGACCUGAAAUGAUUAAAAAACCCCAAGCAAUACCAAAGUCCUCUGCUAAAUUUGAUGAUAUCACCACCUUCCGAGCUCACUAUACACCACACAGUCUAAUCCCGACUCAGAGCUGCAGACCUCCAAAGGUACCUUUGUCUAGUUCAGCACGUUUCGAGGAUGAAACCAUGUACCGUACGGACUAUGCUCCAAAGAAGCAAGAGAUCUGUCCAGCAAAUUAUCCAUCUCCUCCAGGAUAUGUCUUUGUCAGCACCGAUUCUCGUGGUCACAAAUUCUUCCGCAGGGUUACACCAGACGCCAGUAAGAUUGUCCGUCCAAAUGGUAAUCAUGUUCCAAAAGAAAUAGCAGUUGCAUCGUAA